AUGGUUCAGUUGUUUUACUACGAAUCACGUGGUCAGCCGGUGAGGAAGCUGCUGCGGAGGGAGGGCUACAAGAAGAAGGUGGGUGGCAGGGGGUGGGUGGCUGGAUGGGUGGAUAUUGUUGUUCCCCUACGAAGGGUGGGCCCAACCCGCCAGUGCCACCUACUGGAUCCUCAAAACGAACUGGUGGUGCAGGACUCAGUGCAAGAUCACGCAGGCUCCUUCAUAUACAUGCAAGUGUAUCAUUGUAUAUAUGUGUACUACAUAUAUGAACAAGUGCAAAAAAAAGAAGUCUGUAGUACAAAAGUAGACAACAACAUUAUAAGUCUAUGGAUACGAGGAGGUAUCAUAAAAAUGCAACUGAGAAAAAACUUCAAAUGGAAAAAAGUAAAAAAUAAAUUGGAGCAACUGGAGUUUCGUAUGCAGAUGAGAUGUGGAAGAUCGUGCAUGAAAAAGGCAAAGCGGUAG